AUGAUGCUGUUUCCAGUUCUUCUUGGUGCAGCCACCUUGCUCUACAGUGCACUAUGCACUGCAGUGGCCGUGACUGUGAACACAACUGCCACUGAGCUCAAAGCCCAGGGAUACACCAUUGAUCCACUCACUAUUAUUGGCCCUGUCGGUCCUGAUGGUGAAAAUAUCACUCUCACCGGUACCGUCCAGGAGAUCCACUCCCAGCUCCUCGAAAUCAACUCGUCCUACAACGUCAGUGUCGAUGUCGACUCUUUCACCUUGGACGUGGCUACGAAGCACGAAAAGCGCUGCCCUGACAAGAUAUUGUGUGGGCUUACCAACUACACGCCGGCUAAUCCCCGCCCUAUCCUGGAAGGUGCAGUUUACCUUGAGGGUUUUAAGGGAGUUCUUUGCCAUGUGGAGGCUGGCCCGAAACGUUGUGUGCGUUUUUCAUGCUCUUAUAAUUCGGCCAUAUGGCUCUGUAACGAUGCCCCCAAGGAGCUUAACAUCUGGUGUCCAGACAUCGGCUACGAUUACGUGAGGCCUAUUCUGGGCAAAUGCGCAACCACUAGUAUAAAUAGGUUUAAUGGUCAGCGCUUUAAUACCGACAACUUCAACGUGCUUGUCAUCGGGGAUAAGUGUUAAGUGACGGUUUGGCACCUCUGUGACAAGGUUGUUUUAGCAGAAGGAGUGGUUAAAAUAUGGCUUGAUAUUUCAUGUCGGGUUUUGUUUCGUUCCUGGUAACAGUGCUGGGUCUAGUUCUAAGAUAUACAGUUAACAAUGCCUCAUUCCAGUCAGUGCAGU